UGGUAGCAAUUAAGAUGAAUGAUGAUAUAUUAAUCAAGGAAGUUGAAAAGAACUGGGGCUUUGUAAUAUCAAGUGCACAGUACGAAGAGUGUCUAAGUUUUGCACAAAAUAAAAUAUGCAAUUUAAGUGCAGUCGAAGUAAAACUAUCUUCAGAAAACAAGUGUUUACUUAAUUUGUACUUCAGGAACUCUACGGAAAGUUGUAGCAUAAGAAUUUUGAAAAUAAAUCAUGAUGUCUGGUUUGCUAGUGAGGAACCUAACGUAUGGGAAUAUGUGACCCCGGACGAAAUGGAGAUUGUCAUUUUUCAUGGAAUGAAUCGGUCUCAUAUGAUUAUUAGAGGAUCUGGUAAAAUCAGACUGACGCCGGGUAUGAGAAUUAAAACGGAUAGUGUUAAAAUAUCGUUCACGAAUGUAUCAUUGUCAGAUAAACUGGCCGUGUAUACUAACGUACACUAUAACAUAUUGAAUUUUACUUUAGAUAGCUGGCGAAUGAAAUUUAUCCCAUCUUUAGAUAAAAACACUUCUGUACUAUCGGUUUAUGAUAGGAAAAAGUUGUUUGAUUUAGGAGUGGACAUAGAGGAUUUGAAAAGAGAAAGACCAUUUUUAGAGAACAUGCUAUACUCACCUUUGUCCUCGGGGUGGACAAUUGGUGGUUUAACAACAGUAGGAGUAAUAGUGUUGAUAAGUUUGUAUAUUUUUGCAUGCAGAAGAAACAAUUCAUUCAAAGAUAGCUCUCAAAGACCGGUAGUAAAUAUAAAAGAUAUCGAGAUAAUACAUCAUACACCAACUCAGAAAACAGUAGCAAACCGAAACAAUGACAUCCAGGAAGUUUUCGAAAAUCCGAAUUUAGUACGAUUUGGUGAUAUACUUUUGAACAACGACCCUCGUAACUACCAAACUGUGGUGGAAAUGGAGGAUGAAUUAUUACAAAUAGAAAACUAUUUGGAACCACGGCAGGAUGAAUUUACGAAAAAUAUCCACGUAGCAGAAAUUACAGAAAUAAAGGAAGCAAAUAAGUCGGAAAUACUCCCACUACGAGACAUAAUAGAAGCACAGGUAAUAAACAAAGAGCCGCAAGGAGCUCCUAAGGAAGAUAAAUCAGAUAAAAUAGCAGUUAGUAACAAGAAAAGUAUCAACAAAAUCAGGUGAACCCACCUACAACCAGGAAACAAAAAAGGGGCAAGAGACACAACAAUUUCGAGCGCUGCGAAACC